GUAGAGCUUGGAUCCAAGUCGACGACGGCAGGGGCAAUUUCGGCGACUUCGUGGAGCGCGGCGCUCCGCUGCCGCGCGCGCGCCCUGACUGGCGAGCACCGGAUCGGAGCCCGCAUCGGCGAGCCCCUGCGGAUCCAGCGUUUACCCUGCUCACGGCCGUAGUGACGGCCAGGGCCGCAGUGGAAGAUGUCGAAAAUCUGCUCGGGCGCCCAGCCAACAUCCACGCGCUGAUCUGGGGCCCGCUGCCCCUGGACCACCCGCAGAAGAGCGACGCGGAAGCGGUGGAAGUGUUGCGCAGGCACGCAGCACUGAACGUACAAUUUGAGCUUGCAGUGGCGGAGGUGGCAUCGAUUAAAACAAGACGAGCAGGCGACAACUACUGGGAUCUGGUAGACCUCAAAGAGGGGACAGGCGCCGUGCUCUACCAACCCCGCGUCGUCGAGACGUUGGAGGUUGCGCUGCAGAACGACACGUGCGCCACAGACCUUCUGCGCUGCAGCGCGCGCAUUUUCACGGGGUUCUUCGACUGCGGCCACCGCGCAUUGCAUCGCAUAGGCUGCAGUUGCGGCCUCGCCGCGGGGGACAAGCCCUUCCACGCCGUCUUCCGCGCAAAUGGGGGGCCUGGCGUGUUUGACUAUACCAUCCACAACAAUUUUGCACUCGUGCUCGGCACGCGCGACCCGCGGCACCCCGUCUACGGAGAGGAAGAAGGGCAGGUGGCGGUGGCGGUGCCAGAGUGGCUCCAGCCUGCCGCCUCGGGGGCCCCGAUCGAGUUCGGAAGCACUUGGCUCGAGCGUUUCAGUUGCAGCUCCCUGCCGCAGUGGGGCGACGCGCCGAUGGUGAGUACGCAGUGGCGUACUGUUUACACCGAGGCGCUCGAAAAGCUCGAAGAGGGUGCGCAUCCAGAGGGUCCAAUCGAGGCACGCCGCAUCGCAAGGUUGACGGAGACAAGGCAUAACUUCUUCCAGAACGCGCGCGACGACUUGCGCCCGCUUCCGAACCUGGGGAAGGUGGCCUCCAAGCGGCUCAGGGACGACACCUUCGUCUCGCACUGGCUCCACGGCAUUCACCAGAACAUGGUCUUCAUAGGUCACGGCCGCCAGGGACGUGGAUCGAGGCAGGCUGCGAGCGAGCAGCGGCGCAACUGGAGGAGGGCACAUCAGAAGAAGAAGAGCCGCAGUGGCGGCUGGCGCCAAGGGGCGGGCUCGCGCCAGAGCGCUUAG